AUGGAUGAGGAGGAGGCCCCACCACCACCUUACGCCGCUGUCGAUCCGUUAGUCCCACCAGCGAAUAAUAGCAGCAACAGCACCUCCCAGCAGACGUCGGUACCCUUGCGCCAAAAUGUUGCAGAGCCCCCGGUAGCAGGGAGCUCCCGGAUCGCGGAACCCGGGCCCUCAAUAAGGCCUGCUAUUGUACCCACCCAUUUCACCUCCGCGGCGGCUUAUUUUGAGGAAAGGCCUCCAUCCGUGUUAGACGACAGUCGCAGUAUCUUGCACCACCAUGUCACAAUAUACCCGCGCAGUCAAUCGAAGGACUUCCCUCGGAGACCUCGUUGCUGGGCAUCUCGAUUAGAUGAGCUACCGCAACAGGACUGGGAUACUUUUCUAAGGUAUCUUUUCCCCCCGCAUCUAGGUCUGGCCGCAGCGUCGCACGAUUUGCCUCGUCAACUGAGAGCGGAGAUACAACGAGAUCGUAAAGAUCGGCCGCAAGAGUCGGACGAGCAGCGGCGUGCCCGUAUUAUGGCCGUGGUAGACGAAUGGAACGAAUGCUUUUUUGAGCCCCGUGCUCUACGUAUUGUUUUCAUCUAUAUCGGAGAGCCCGAUGCAGCUCCUACGUCUGCUUUAUGCCCACGCUGUUAUCCAGCUGCCACCAAAGCUACUCAAGGUAGCGGUUCCCCUGCGGUUCCUGCUGAACAGCAGAAUCCAUGGACCCCAAGUACCUCGUCUCCUGUUUCUCCUGCGCCAGGCCCCCACACUCAGCCACCAGCAGGCUGGCCCUUCCAACACAGCCCAUUCGGGAUCCCACCUGGUCCUACACCCUAUGGUGUGCCGUAUGGUAUGCCCCCUGGUCAAUUUCAUUCACCCCCUCCGCCACCGGGUACCGCUCCUUGGCAAUGGAACAAUUGGGGAUAUGCGCCGCCCCAAAACCAAAGCCCCGGUCCACCCAAGGGUGGCGCAAUGGGCUGGAUCUCGAAUCUCACGGCACAGGCACAGAAAUACGGCGAGCGUUUCGCAGAACAAGCCCAGCAUUAUGGCGAUCAAAUAAGUGCCCAGGCUAUGCAAUAUGGUCGACAAGUUGAGGAACACGCUUUAUCUCAUGGCCGGUGGAUGGAUGAUCAAGGUAGGUAUGGCCGGAAACCAAACCCUUACCCGCCAGCUGGAUACCCUUACCAGCCUGCCUGGGGCCCCGCCCAGACCAAUGGAGCUUUUUACAAUGCACCUACGCCCCCUUCAACAACUUCGCCAAUCGGACUUAAUCCCCAAAGCACAACAACUUCUCCGAGCCCCAGUGCCCAAGCUCCACCUCAGCCCCGACCCCAAGACAAUGAUCAACGUCCAAACCCAACACAACAUCAAAGCCAAGAUCAAAGUCAAAAGCAAAAGCAAAGACAAGAUACCAGCAAAGAGAUACCAUCCUUUGAGGGCACCCGCCGUGCAUCAGUUAGCUCCGCAACAUCUGAAUCCUCCCUCAGCUCUUUCAACUCUCUAUCUACCAAUUCCGAUCUUGAUGCCUCUGACCUAGAGAAAGUCCGUACCCAGCUCCAAUCUUUGAAUGACUGCCAUGAGCGAACGCUAUACGAUGCUGCAGCCGAUCUUCGCCACCAGCUUGAUGUGCUUCAAAUGUCCAGGCGUGAAGCCCGGGCCUCUGGUCGUCAAGGAUGGCGACAGGGACGUCUAAAUAACCAGAGCGACCCCAAUAGACGCGAUCAAAAUGACUGGGGUCGAUGGGACUCGCCAGAAGAAUCGAGACGCCAGGCUGAGGAGAAAAAGGCAUUGAAAGUCGAGCUACGUGCUACCAAGAAGGCUUUCCGAGAGGUGGUUCGCAGAGCUCGCCAGGAACAACACGACGCCAAGAAAUCACGACGAAAUCGCAGACGCCAAGAAAAGAACAAGAAAUCUAUUGAUGGCGGCAAGAAGAACCUGGAUACCUUGAUUGGAUCGACGGAGAAUCUGACUCUAAACCCCUCUAAGUCUACCGUUACGACUCGUGCUCAAACGGACCCUCUUGCUCAGUCGCCCAUUGCUCCAUUCAAAACUAAACCUAUGCGUGCUGAGACCAGUUCAAGCAUUAGCAGUGCCAGCUCAAUGCAUACACCUUCGUCCUCUCAAGCGAGCACGCAUGAUCGCCCUGGGGAGCUCCCCGAGCGCAAGGGGAAAUUAGGGACGCAGACAAGACUUCGAGACAAGUUGAAGCCUCGUUCCAAGAAACAGCAGCAAGUCCAACGGAGCUCCACUGAACCGAUUUCCAAAGACGAAGACUCGAAGGGUGACAAGUCAAGCUUGAAGAAAGGAAAAAGAUGA